AUGGCUAGUCAAGACAGUCCUCUCUCUAUAACAUCAAGCGUCGCAGGAAUAUUAACCUUUGUAGCCGCUAUUGCAGCAGCAGUAUACGUUCGAUUCACCUACUUACGCAAUGCUGAUAACGAAUACUUCCAAGUCAAAGCAUCUCUUUCGUGGCAUAAAACUGAAUCACAGUGGCUUCAUGAUUUGGUUUAUGCAUCUGAUGGCCCAAAAGAUCGUUUCGGACAUGAAAAGGAAUAUCAGAUGUAUGUCUCUGUGAUGGAGGAACUUGGAAAACUUGAGGAGAGAUUACUAGAAUUGGAAACAGAAGCCGAAUUGAAGGCUAGUCCCGAGGACGAUCAAGGGAAAAAAUGGGCCUUGGUACCGAGAAGCAUGGCAUUUAGAACGAGUGUAGCCAUGUCGUGGCUACCUGUGAGGAGGAAAGCUUUGGAAUUAGUUAGGCAAAGAGACGCAUUAGGAGCUAGAGUUUUAUUUGCACAGAUGAGUAUGAUGUCAUCACGAGUUCGAGACCAAGAAUCACAAGCAAAGAAGCAAAAGGAAUUAGACCACGAAAGACUUGACCGACUGGAAAGUACAGUUCAUUCUCAACAUGAGAAGCUAGAUCGACUAGAGUCUUUAGUAUAUCGAUUGAUGCAUCGUGAUCGAAUUGAGUCUGAGGGCGUUCGACCUUGGGAAGCUCAAAGAAAUGAUACUUUUGGAACCGACGAUUCUCAGUCCGAAACUCCAGUCGCGACUGGAACGACUACCCCGUUACCGAAAGCAGAGACCUACGACCUUGAACAUUUUCGAACCCCAGAGUUGACGGCUGUCUAG